AGUGGCGCCUGGAGAAGUGAUGAUCCUCUCAUUAAGACUGUAAGAUGCAGGCUCUAAAGAGUGUGUAUGUGUGCGAGUCAGACAAACCACGUUAACCCAGGUAAAAACAACACUGGAUGAUGCUUCCUAUGAAAACAAUAACAGUCCUCAUUAUCAUUAGUGCUUUAUAUCUGCACAGCCUUUAGCAUUUGCCACACUGCUUCCUGUUAAUCCUAACUCUUACAACUGUCUGGAUUUUUUUUAGUAUGUAGGUGCUCUCGAAGAGAUGCUCCUUGCAUUAAAGAAACACUCAAGCAAACCUGCCCUUGAACUGCUGAAUGAAUACUCCCGCAAAGUGGACUUCUUAAAGGGAAUGUUAGAAGCUGAAAAAUUGUCGUCGUCAGCAGAAAAGGCCUUGGCAAAUCAGUUCCUGGCCCCCGGCCGAACUCCCACUACAACCAAAGAGCGAACCCCAGCUACUAAAAUGGUUCAUCUGCAGACAAAGGCUCGCUACACAGGCAAGAUGAGGAGUGAACUGCUUGGUACGGAUCCCUUGUCUGUCAAUGAGUCUGAGGAGCUAAAUUUAAGGAAACGGAAAGGCCUGGCAUCUGAAGAGAAGCAGUCCGCAACUGAGCUAGAUGCCGUGUUACAGCAUCACCGCAGCAUGCAGGAGAAGCUGGCUGAAGAAAUGUUGAAUUUGGCUCGCAGUCUCAAAAACAACACCCUGGCAGCACAGAACGUCAUCAAACAAGAUAACCAGACGUUAUCUCACUCUCUCAGGAUGGCAGACCAUAACUUUGAGAAGCUGAAGGAUGAAUCUGAACGCCUUGAGCAGCAUGCAAAGAAAUCUGUCAACUGGCUGCUCUGGAUAAUGUUAAUUGUAGUUUGUUUUAUUUUUAUUAGCAUGAUCCUCUUUAUCAGAAUUUUCCCUAAACUCCGAUAACUUGUAUAGCAUCCAGGAGCAACAGGUAGGAAGCUAGACAGUAUGUGACCCUUUGCUCAUUCCCAGCAAGUCUCUUUGACCAGUUUGGUAAGCACUCACUGUAAGGCAGUUACCUACCUCUGAUCAUAUCCUGAAGGGUGUCACCAAGGGCCUAGUCUUCCAGCCCUUCCUUGUGUCCUUACUGGAGUUGGUGGGACACCUUGUGAAAGGCUUCCUAAGUUGGGUCACUCGAUAACCAUAUUAGCCAAGCAAAAGGGAUAUUUGUUUCUUGAAAAAGAAACUGCAAUAAAGAUGGCACUUUCAGUGGAAUAUCCCUAGAAAUAGAUCAUUCCAGGUGCCUUGGUAGAUGUGGUUAAGGGUAUUGUUCCUCUAUAAGGGAGCACAGUACACAACUGAAGGAUUAAAGACCAUAUUUGCUCUUUAGAAACCCACCGACUUUAACAGGACCCUUGCUAGGAUUGUCUUUGUAACCUGCCUGGAGCAGAUAUGGAGGGAGCAUGGUUAUUGAGUGGGUCCCCUUGAGUUAGAGAGUCAAGAAGGAAAAUUAACUUCACAGCCUUGCCCUUCUGCCAAAUGGACGCUGGUCACUGAAGUCUCCUGAAGCCUGGAGUUGUGGGAGAAGACAGAGGUUGGAAGCAUCUAGUUUGGGAAGCUUGAACAAACCCACUCAUCUCCUCUUACAAUCGCAAACCCUAAUGUCCAACCGAAGUACAGAGCGUGUCAUUUACCAUUACUCCAUUCUUUCGGGAAGCAGCUCAUGGUGGCUGUUCAGCCCUAAACGUGCAGUGUACUCUGCAGACCUGCCUGCCUACGCAUCUUGUUGCUUCACUAAAAUGAGAAUUGAGGAAGUUGAUCUCUCUUUAAAUAAGUCAUUUACUUAAGGAAAAAAUCGGCCUGUACCUUCUGAGCUUGGCUUAUUUGCAUGUUUGCUCUCCUUAACUCUUAUCAUUUUUCUAGUGGAAGAUACCUUGAAGUUUUCAGCCAUAUUCUGCUCUUGAUGAAGAGCUGGCUUGCUGUACUGGGUGAAAGAGUGGUGUAAUCAUCCCACCCAACCUGCUCAUAAGGAGAGAGUGUGUGUUUCUGUCUCUGUCUGUCUCUCUCUCUCUCUCGCCCUAACUUUUAAAGCAUCAGUACUGCAAACUGCCUGCUUUCACUUCAGUUUAAACCAGUCUCCCUAUUACAAAUUGUUACUGUUGGUAUUCUGUAUAUUGCUGUCUAUUUUGUACAAGUUUGUAUUGGUUUUUCUUGGACUUAUUUAUUACUAUAUGAUUUUCAUAAUUAGAAGCAACUGCCAUCUUC